CAAUGCUUGAAUAAAAAUUUAAAGAUUUGAGGGUCAAGAUGAAGCCAAAAAAGGUUAAGAAGAUAAGUCUCUCACUAAAAUAAUAACUCAUUGAAAGUGUAAUGACUGAUCACUUAUCUAUUCAUCAAGUAAGAUAGCAAUUUAUAUACAAGGCUUCUAAACUCCACUCCAUCAAUUACUCAUCUGCCAAAUAUAUUAUAAACUUAUAUAAAAAAUUAGGUACUGUGGCUCCUCAGUAGACAAAGCAUAGGAGGAAACCUAAAGUUUAUAUUCUCAACACAUCAGUUUUAGUCGACUACAAUUCUGGGGAGAUUUUACUAUAUAAAUAAAAUUAAUUUAAAAAAUAGAGGCAACAGGAGAACUAAUAGAUAUCUAUUCAAAAAGGACUGAUCAUGGCUUCAAAAUCAAUAUUCAAGUCACUUAAAAUAAACGAAAAAAAUAUUUCUUUAUCGAAAUCUGAUUAGAAACAUUAUCCAACCUUUACCAACUUAAUAGAACUACAAAAUUUCAUUUAAAUCCAACAUAGGUUGAUGGUGUCAUGA